AAAAUAAUAGUAUAGAACUGGAACAAGAUGAAGAUGUUUUGGAAUCUGCUCAGUCAAAUAAUAACAAACUUGAAAUCGGUCUAAUAGUCGAUUUUUCAUAUGCAAAUUUUGGUAGGCAAGAUAAUGCCGAAGAAUUAUCUCAUACAACACAAAGAAGUAGUAAUAUGGAAUUCGAUCCUGUAGCAAUUGUAGAAAGAGAAUUUCAAUUUUUUAAUGAUGAUUUAUUAUAA